GGCUCCAGGGAACCGGCGGCCUCGGCGUCUGGUAUCCGGAGCUUCGAGAACUGGGUGGUGCUGCUCCACGCUGGAGUCGCCGCGCCGCCGCGACCAUGGUGUUCUACUUCACCAGCAGCGUUAACUCAUCUGCUUACACUAUUUACAUGGGAAAGGAUAAAUAUGAAAAUGAGGAUCUAAUAAAGUAUGGCUGGCCUGAAGAUAUUUGGUUUCAUGUGGACAAACUCUCUUCGGCUCAUGUAUACCUUCGAUUACAUAAGGGGGAGAACAUAGAAGACAUUCCAAAGGACGUAUUGAUGGACUGUGCCCAACUUGUGAAGGCCAAUAGCAUUCAAGGCUGCAAGAUGAACAACGUUAAUGUGGUAUAUACACCGUGGUCUAACCUGAAGAAAACAGCUGACAUGGACGUGGGACAGAUAGGCUUUCACAGGCAGAAGGAUGUGAAAAUUGUGACAGUGGAGAAGAAAGUAAAUGAGAUCUUGAACCGAUUAGAAAAGACCAAAACGGAGCGGUUCCCAGACCUAGCAGCAGAGAAGGAAUGCAGAGACCGGGAGGAAAGGAAUGAGAAAAAAGCCCAAAUUCAGGAAAUGAAAAGGAGAGAAAAGGAAGAGAUGAAGAAGAAGAGGGAAAUGGACGAACUUAGGAGCUAUUCAUCACUAAUGAAAGCUGAGAAUAUGUCUUCAAAUCAGGACGGCAAUGAUUCAGAUGAAUUCAUGUGAAUGGAGAGAUGGACCUUUUAAAGAUGUGAAUUUAGGGACAGUUGCAGACGUUUUGAUGUCAUCCAUGUUCUGAGUUAUGAAAAACAAACAACCUCAGUCUAUACAAAUAUCAACUUGGGAAUUUUUUUAAAAAGGUGUUCCUUUUUUUGCUGACAGAAAAGGAUCAGAUAUGUACAUAUAUAUAUCAGAUAUAGUUGGACUUGAAAAUUAGGAAAGUGAAAAUAUUUGUGCCCUAACAUGUCUUGGUAGCUCACGAAAGUUGGCUGCUCUUUUUCUUGGGAUAGACUUUAGAACGAACCAACUCUGAAAAGUAUUUCUGGUACUGUGGUUAAUCCCUGAAAACAGAUGUCUUGAAAAGCUUUUUAUAUUCUUAAAAUAGCUUCACUUCUAUUAAGGAGAGUGUAUUGGUGAGCAAUAUAUAGGAAUGUUCCUCUCACUGUCAAAUUCCUGAUUAGAAAAAGAUGACAGUGAGUUUUGAAGAUGAUAGUGAUAUUUUCAUUCAUGUUCCAUUGUGUUGUCUGAGUCAAGUAGCAGAGUUGUCCUCAGCAAUCAGCUUGCCCUAGCUUCCACUUUCUGCAUCCUCAUUGUCUGAGUGAGGGCCUCCUUCUAGGUACCAUCAGACUUAAAGAAACAUUUGGUGUUAAUCCAGGUUGGCCUUGUGUGGCAGUUUUCACCUGAGCACCAAGUAACCCAGGCCUCAGAGGUUACAGCUUCUAGGCCCUGGAGUCAUGUCUCAGCACUGAGGGGAGAAAUCGAAGGGAGGCUCUAGGAAUUGGUGUAGGUUACCUGAUUUUUGUCUUGGAAUACAGCAUAAAGCAAAAGUCCAUGUUGUAAUUAUGUUUUUUAAAAGAAUUAAUCAUUUCACUAGCCAGCCAAGUAAUUUGUUUAUUUACCCUGAAAUAAUAUUUAUUUUGAGUUGUAACCCCAGAGUUCAGAUUUCUCCAUUGUAGACUCAGUAACUUACUAUGUAACAGGACUGCUCAUUCAAACCACCUGCUUUCCAGUGUGAUUCUGAAUAGAAGAUAUAUUUUUAUUGAAGUGUGUAAGAGAACCCCGGCAGAAAGAAACAAAAGAACAAAGCCUGCAGGCCAGGAGGCAUACAGAUUCACAUUUUAACCACACCCAGAACUGUAUGUGUAGCAUUCUUAUUCUUGUUCUAACCCAGCAGCAGUGACCUCCAACAAAUCUAUCUGUAAUAGCACCUUGGGACUGUGGCUAAAACCAGAAGACUCCAGUGUUUCUAUUUAUCUCAAGUUGGGGUAUGGGGAUGAACUGGAAAACUCCCGGAGGCAUAAGUUGGCCAAUUUGAGACAGAGUAUGGGAGACAAUUCCAGAAAUUAAUUGUGUAUGUGUUUGUCUAAUGAUAUUCAGCUUGGAGUUCUGUGAUUUAAAUAUGUAAUAAUAAAGAGUAUUUUUUUAAUUUGGAAAGACAUUGUUAGAAUUUGCUUGUAAUCCCUAUCCUUAAGAUGGUUUUGGAGAGCCUCUGGCUAUAAAAACAAAACAAAAAAGUUAUCUAUCGUAGGUUCAAUCUGGCUGGUUCUACGAGGGUAUCGUCUCUCACUGAUAGAUGCCUCUCUCCCCAGAGGCCCACUGGGUCCAAGUGGAUGACCUUUCCCAGACACACUGUUGAUUGGGUGUAGGUCAAGCAUGUUAAAUUUUUUAAAUGUUCUAUAACUCAGCUUUUAAAUGUCAGGGGCCUCUCUUCUGAAUUCUCCAAGUUGAAUUUGAAGCUCAAGCCUUUUCAGCGGCUCUGUGCUGAUUUCCUCCGGCCCUGCCUCUGCCUGUGUGCUGGGGAGUUUUCCCCUCAGGUCUCGGUCCCAGAGAAAGCAGGGUCUUUUCUUUUGAGAACAUUGGUUCAGUGUCAACAGGUCAGACUCUUGGCACUGAAGUCAUUUCAUUUCUUGCCGUUGGCAUGUUUCUGUAACUUCCUAUCGGAAAAUUCCAAAUAGUGGUAUUUUAUGAGUUGUGCCCUUGAUCAGAUUUGUACAUCCUGAGGAUUUCUCUUUCCAACUGUCUCCAGUUUCUGUAUUCUGUUAGAUCUGCAUGCAGGUGAGGUUCACUUUGUCAUUUAUUUCACAAACUGCUCCGUUAUAUUCCUGUAGCUUUAGAAUUCGUUUCUUAUAGGCCUUUGUGGAUCUAGAUCACAGUCUUUGGGCAAGAGAGCUUUGUCACAGUGCUUGGGCAGUUUACCAACAUGGAAGGUUUGUGCAUUAACAGGCGGCCAUAGGCUGUAGUUGAACCCUUGCAAUAUCUUUUUGUUAUAUUGUUUUAACUUUUUGAAGCAUGGGUUUGGUGAGCCUUUUUUUUUUUUUCUUUACUGUGUAGUGCCAAUGGUUUUCCCCACUCAUGAAGGAAGGGGGGCCACGCAUACAGCAAGAUGAGAAAGGGAGAGUUCAGCUGUGGCCUCCAGUUUAAAAACAGCUCUUCCUCCCACUGUCCCAUCUGUCCGAGAGGGGACGCUCGUUUUCCAGGCUGGAACAGGUUGUGGGAAAAACUGAGCAGGAUGGAGAAAUGAACACUUGCCCAGCCUUCCUGAGCUGUGAGACUGAAGCCUUCUCUUUCUCUGUUUGAUUUGAAGCACGUGUGCAUUGUGUGUGUAACAAGUCCCAUACUCAGAAUGAUCAUAGAAGAAUGAGCGCAUGACCUUUUGAUUUUAAAGUAGAUUGUGAAACAAUCAAACUGUCAG